AUAAUUUAUAUUUUAAAGUAUUAAUUAACAUGGCGGCCGCAGCAGCAGCCAAAGUGCAAGAAGUACGUGAGAUUACACGUAUAGAACGUAUCGGAGCACAUUCACAUAUAAGAGGAUUAGGACUCGAUGACAGUCUCGAAGCCCGUCAGGUUUCUCAGGGUAUGGUGGGACAGCUGUCUGCUAGAAGAGCUGUAGGCAUUGUAUUGCAAAUGGUCAGAGAAGGUCGUAUUGCAGGAAGAGCUGUUCUUCUAGCAGGGCAGCCAGGUACUGGAAAAACUGCAAUUGCAACAGCAUUAGCUGCAGCUUUGGGUAUCGACACUCCCUUUACUAGCAUGGCUGGAUCUGAAAUUUAUUCCCUUGAAAUGGGUAAAACUGAGGCCCUUACUCAAGCCAUUAGGAAAAGCAUUGGUGUCAGGAUAAAGGAAGAAAGUGAAAUUAUUGAGGGUGAAGUUGUAGAAGUUCAAAUAGAAAGACCUGCCACAGGUGUCGGGAGUAAAGUUGGAAAAUUGAUUUUGAAGACUACUGACAUGGAAACUGUUUAUGAUCUUGGCGGUAAAAUGAUUGACAGUAUUAUGAAAGAAAAAGUACAGGCGGGAGAUGUUAUUACAAUUGACAAGGCAACAGGGAAAAUCAGCCGUUUGGGUCGUUCUUUUACCAGGGCAAGGGACUAUGAUGCUACAGGACAGCAGACUCGUUUUGUGCAGUGUCCAGAGGGGGAAUUACAGAAGAGAAAAGAAGUUGUACAUACAGUUACUUUACACGAAAUCGACGUUAUAAAUAGUCGAACCCAUGGAUUUUUAGCUCUAUUUUCAGGCGACACUGGAGAAAUAAAGGCCGAAGUUCGCGAGCAAAUUAACGGAAAGGUGGCCGAGUGGCGCGAGGAAGGAAAAGCAGAAAUUAUUCCUGGAGUGUUGUUUAUAGAUGAAGUUCACAUGCUUGACAUUGAGUGCUUUUCAUUCUUAAACAGAGCCUUAGAGAACGAAAUGUCCCCAAUAGUGAUAAUGGCAACAAACAGGGGAAUCACGCGAAUACGGGGAACGAAUUACAAAUCUCCUCAUGGGAUUCCCCUAGAUCUUCUCGAUCGUAUGAUAAUCGUACCAACCGUGCCAUACAAUGAAAAAGAAUUAAAAGAAAUUUUAAGCAUUCGUUGUGAAGAAGAGGACUGUCAAAUGUCUGACGAUGCUUUGGUCGUGUUGACGCGUAUUUGUACCGAAACGUCGUUGCGUUACGCCAUUCAGUUGAUAACGACGUCUAGUUUGAUAGCGCGCAAGAGAAAAGCGGUCGAGGUAGGGGUUGAAGAUGUUAAAAGAGCCUACACAUUGUUCUUGGACGAGGCGAGGUCGAUACAGUACCUGAGGGAGUACCAGAAAGAAUUCAUGUUCGACGAAACAGACGAACCCGCGGAAAUGGAUGUGAGUUGAGAGAUUGAGAUAAUGGAGGAUGAUGGGGGACGAUAUUGAUUACUUUAUUUUACUUAUUAUCUUCGUUAUAAUUUGCGCGAUUUUGAUUUUUAAGUAAUUACAUUUCAUACUAUAAACAAUAAAAGAUAAAGCGUU